CAGAGCGCACCCAGCCGGCGCCGCGCAGCACUGGGACCAGCGCUCGUCCUGCAGCCCGGCCAGCCCGCUCGGCACGGCCUGCCCCUCUGCCCGCCGGCCCGGUGCACCCUCGCUGCAGCCGGUCUGCGCCCCUCGACCCCACCAGCACCAUGCACCUCUCCCAGCUGCUGGCCUGCGCCCUGCUGCUCACGCUACUCUCGCUCCGGCCCUCCGAAGCCAAGCCCGGGGCGCCGCCAAAGGUCCCGCGAACCCCGCCGGGAGAGGAGGUGGCUGAGCCCCAGGCUGCGGGCGGCGGUCAGAAGAAGGGCGACAAGACUCCUGGGGGCAGUGGCGCCAACCUCAAGGGCGACCGGUCGCGACUGCUCCGGGACCUGCGCGUGGACAACAAGUCGCGAACGGCGUGGGCCCGCCUUCUGCACGAGCACCCCAACGCGCGCAAGUACAAAGGAGCCAACAAGAAGGGCUUGUCAAAGGGCUGCUUCGGCCUCAAGCUGGACCGGAUCGGCUCCAUGAGCGGCCUGGGAUGUUAGUGCGGCGACCCCUGGCGGCGGAUUGGGAACUGGCUCUGUUGAGCUGAGGUCAUCCUUGGUCAUCCGCCUCCAGCAUCUGGAAACACCUCCAACGCAAUGUGGCUUUUACAUUUCUUUUUUUUCCCCUGGUACUGGGAAUACACGACACCAGCUGUUUUAUUAUUAUUUAGGGAGGGGGGGUGUGAUUUUAUUGUUUGGGUUUUUUUUUUUAAUGAAAAAUAAAAAGUUAU